UAUUCCUUUAUUAGUAGCUAGAACGUUCUUGAGAAUUCUCUUCUUCUUUCGUGAGGAUCAAAGUAAGUGAAAAGACCCAAACUUCAUUCCAGAAAAAGGGAAAAAAAAGAAGAGGGGCCCGAACUUUGAUCACCGGAAAGAGAAGAGAGACUCUCUCCCACCGCCCCCUCCCUUUUUAGCCCUUUUUAUUAUUUUGGCUCGUGUUGCCGACGUCAAAGAAGUCUAUGGGAUAUUUCUUCCUACCCUCUGCGGAACUGGCGAAGCCUGGGUUUUACAUAGAGGACCUGUUUGUGAGGCAGUGCUAUAGGAGGAAAGGGCUUGGGAAGAUGCUGCUUUCAUCUGUGGCUAAGCAGGCUGUGAAGAUGGGGAAUGGGAAAUUGGAUUGGCUUGUGUGCUUGACUGGAAUGUGAAUGCCAUCAGGUUUUAUGAGGAAAUGGGAGCUAAGAUGGUGCAGGAGUGGAGGAUUUGCAGGCUCACUGGUGAUGCUCUCAGUGCUUAUGUUAGCGCCUAGCUCUAGCUUAAGGAGAACCAAUAAUUAGGAAGAUAAAAAAAGGCCAUCAUAAGCCCAACCAUUUGCCAACAUCUUUUUUUAUGAUAAAGAUUGUUGUCGUCUCUCAAUUGGUCACAUGAUGUGCAUAAAGUAAGCUUGCAGUUUCGAAUAAUUUAUAAUAUCUAUUUUUUUUCCAAAGUGGUUGGUCGUCUUCUUCUUCUUCUUCCCCUGAAGUCAGGUACUCGAUCACAGAAUAUUGACAAGGACGCAACUCAUAUACUCUCUAAUUUAUUCAUCACAUCACAUCCGAUUUUUAUACGUUUGAACAAAACCGGCGCAAAAUUUAAUCCGAAAAUCCCAAUUCUGCUAUGAUAUGAUGCCGUUGCCGCAACCACCACCACCGCCACCGUCAACCCCUUCGUCCUGAUGUGCUGGACCAAAAAGAGCACGCAGGCGAUUGAGCCCAAGAGCCCCAACAAAUCCCGAACCCCAAAAUCCUCCUCCUCCUUUCCUGUAGCGGAGCCCUACUCCACCACUUUCAGCGCCAACGAGAACAACUCCAGCUACAACUUCUCCUCCAAGUCCUCCACCUCCUCCAUCGCCUCCCUCAAGUCCCUCAAAUCUUCCCUCCCUGAAAACCCCAUCAUCUACGACAUGUCUGAAAUCCGCUCCGCCACCGCCAACUUCCUCGCCCGCCGCCUCUCCUCCUCCUCCACAUCCUCCUCCUGGCGCUGCUCCCUCCGCGGCAAAGACGUAGUCGUUUUCCAGCGCAAGUCCCGCCUCCCCAUCUCUCUCGCCGACCUCCAACACCGCCUCGCCCAAAUCUCCAAAUCCAACCACACCAGCAUCAUCAAGCUCCUCGGCGCCUCCCUCUCCGGCAGCUACGUCUACCUCGUCUACGAAUUCGUCGCCGGCGCCACCCUCGCCGAUUGCCUAAGGAACCCUAAGAACCCUAAUUACACCGUUUUGCCCACGUGGCUCUCCCGGAUGCAGGUCGCCACCGACCUGGCCCACGGCCUCGAUUACAUCCACCACAGCUUCGGCCUCAACUCCACCUUCGUCCACAACCACAUCAAAAGCUCCAGCAUCAUCGUCUCCGACCAGGAACACGUCGUGCUCAACGCCAAGAUCUGCCAUUUCGGCACCGCGGAGCUCUGCGGCGAGAGCCACGCUCGGUCGACGAAGGUGGAGGGCACCAGAGGUUACAUGGCGCCCGAGUUUCAGCUCAGCGGGACCGUGACGCAGAAGUGCGAUGUCUAUGCCUUCGGGGUUGUGCUGCUGGAGCUGAUUUCAGGGGAGGAGCCACUGAAAUACAUGAUGGAUGACAAUGGUGGAGACGGAGUGUAUAGGAGGGUGAGUGCGAUCGAGACGGCGAGAGAGGCGAUAAGGAUCGGCGGUGGCGGGGUGAGGAGGUGGGUCGAUCGGAGGUUGAAGGACUCGUUUCCGAUGGACGUGGCGGAGAAGAUGGUGAUGUUGGCGUUGGAGUGCGUGGCGGAGGAUCCGGACAGGCGACCGGAUAUGGGUCGGGUUGCGGGUUUGGUAUCGAAGCUGUUUUUGGAGUCGCAGAGUUGGGCUGAGAAAAUGGGCGUGCCUGUUGACAUGUCGAUUACAUUUGGUCCCCGAUGAUAUUGCUAUUGGUUUUUCGGGUUCAAUUUUGUUUUGGAGUUUUGGGUUUUUUGAUCUUUUUAGGUUCAUCACAAAUUGUGAAGAGGGAUUGGGGGAUGCUGUAUACUUGUAUAUUUGAUUUGAUGCUGUGAAUAAUUUCACAUGCAAAAAUCAUUCAUUAAGCUCAAAGAACUGACUGAAAGUUACACUACUGUUAUCUUGAAA